AUGUACAUAUAUGUAUAUCUGUCAUCCUGUUUCCCCCUCACUUCCUCCCAUUUUUCUCUCUAUCUUCCUCUUAAAUUCUUUGUAUCAUAUUUGCGAUUUUUUCUUCUUUAUUUCUCUCUUUUUUUAUCUUUCUUCUUAUCUAACAUCUAUCUAUCUAUCUAUCUAUCUAUCUAUCUAUCUAUCUAUCUAUCUAUCUAUCUAUCUUAUUCUGUUCAUAUCUAUCUAUCUAUCUAUCUAUCUAUCUAUCUAUCUAUCUAUCUAUCUAUCUAUCUCUGUAAUCAAUCUAUCUUACUCUUUUCAUAUCUAUCUAUCUAUCUAUCUAUAUAUCUAUCUUACUCUGUAAUCUAUAUAUCUUACUCUGUAAUCUAUCUAUCUUACGCUGCUAAUAUCUAUUCAUCUAUCUAUCUAUCUAUCUAUCUAUCUAUCUAUCUAUCUUACUCUGUAAUCUAUCCAUCUUACUCUGUUCAUAUCUAUCUAUCUAUCUAUCACAUCUCUUCGUAUCUAUCUAUCUAUCUAUCUAUCUAUCUAUCUAUCUAUCUAUCUAUCUAUCUCAGUCAAUUUUCCUUCUUUCUUAGUUUCUUUCUUUCUUUCUUUCUUAGACUCUUUCUAAGUUUGAUUAUUUGCUUGUUUGCGUGUUUACCUGUCUCUUUUCUUGUUUGUUUGUUUGUUUCUUUCUUUCUUUCCCAUCCUGUUCUUAUCUAUCUAUCUAUCUAUCUAUCUAUCUAUCUAUCUAUCUAUCUAUCUAUCUAUCUAUCUUAG